CAUGAAAAGAUCUCAUCCUCACCACGAUCAACUUAUACAUACCUACAUACAUACCUACAUAAUCUACCUACUACAAUAUAUAGAUCUAAUAAUCUAUAAUCACUAAUUAAUCAACCAACCAACCAAUCACCAUGUACGCCAUCACCGCCAUCGUCUCCGUCCUAGCUCUCGCCGCAAACCAAGUCCUCGCCUUUCCCACCGAGCUGUUUCCCCGCCAGGGUUACGUCGCGAACUGCAACACGACCUACUCCGUUGUAUCUGGUGAUACUUGCAACGGUAUCAUCAGCAAGUUCAACAAUACCUUCACUCUAGACCAAUUCUACUCCAUGAACCCCCAAGUCGCCAAAGACUGCUCAAACCUGUACCCCGGGGAACUAGUCUGCACCGCCCUCGACGAAUCCACCGGACCCGUGUGCCCAGCUCCCACACCCGCCGGCAUCGUCGCCAACUGCAACGCGUGCUACCACGUCGUCGAGAGCGACAGCUGCUGGACCAUCACCCAGGCCGAGAACAUCUCCUUGGACAACUUCCGCAAGUGGAACCCUAGCAUCGACGCCUCGUGCUCCAACCUCCAGCUCGGCUACAACUACUGCAUUGGCGUCAGUGCUUGAAGCUAAGUAACGGAGAGGGCAGAGCAUAGCUGUGGCUUCGAGAGGAAGUAGAGUUAUGAGUUGCGAGAAAAGAGCUUAGGAAUGAGUGAAUGGCUUUUACGACAAUUUUAUGAAUACUAGUUUAGUUUAACAGUCUUUAAUUUCAAUAAUUCUUACUUUGGGCCUAAUAUUAUAAGAGCUUCUCUCUCAACUUCGCACAAACCCGUCACAUUAGAGACAGUG